AUGAGCGCGCAAAGUGGUCUGCAGGUCGCAGACUCAUCUGAUACCGAUGCUGGAAACGACCAAGCAAGGAACAGUGUCCAACAACGGCGCAGCUUCGGGGACUGGCUCCGUGACGAUGUCAGUAUUCGUUAUACUGAUCUCCCAGUCCUCGCUUGCUGCCUUGUAUCCGGCUUGUGCGACAGUGUAGCAGUGAACGCAGCUGGUGUCUUCGUCAGUAUGCAGACAGGAAACACCAUCUUCAUGGCUCUUGGCGCCUCGAAGCUCCCGGCUGGUGAGCCCCUCCUGUGGCUCAAGUCCCUCAGCUCCAUCGCCGCGUUCUGGCUUGGGUGCUUCUUCUUCUCCAAGUCAAGGCACAUUCAUCCCAAGCGCAGAAGCACUCUCGCCCUUUCCUUCCUUCUUCAGUCGGCACUCGUCUUUCUUGCCGCCGCCUUUGCUCAGACACGUCUCAUUGCCGACUUUGGGGCCACUUCAGUCCAGGGUUCCGACUCCAACCACGAUUUCAAGACCUCAGAGAACCCUCUUGUAAUGGUCCCCCUUGCGCUUCUCGCCUUUCAAUUCGGCGGACAGAUUGUGACGAGUAGAAUCCUGGGAUACAACGAAGUUCCAACCAACGUCCUCACCAGCGUCUAUUGCGAUCUUCUCUCCGAUCCCAAGCUCUUCGCACCCCUGAAGGACAAUCCCAAGAGGAAUAGGAGGUUUUUGGCUGUGGUUUUACUUAUUCUCGGAGGCAUCGUCGGUGGCUGGCUGCAGAGAAGCCGGGCUGGCAUGCCUGGGGCACUUUGGAUCUCUGGAGGAGUUAAAUUCGUCAUUGCAGUCGCCUGGAUGGGUUGGGCCAGCCAUGAGCCAGUUGAGAGCAAGCUGGAGAAGGGUGUAGUAAAGUCAUAG